UCACUCUUGACUACACCUCCCAGAUGCAUCAAAUAUUGUUGCAAUCUACUAUAUAUUGCAACAUAACAACAAUAAACACGAAAGACGCAGCGCUAUGUCAACGGAGAAAGGUCGUAAAGAAUGUCAGGACCCCGUGGGGCUUCUUCGCCCUCCCGAGGAGAUGUCAGAAUCAGGAUUUAAAAGGGCGUCUUCUUUUAAGCUGAAAAAACCUGACCAUGUUCGACUGGAUGUCAACUUGGCGCGACGUAAUAGCUUGCCAAGUCCGGCAAGUCCAAAAAUGUUCUUGGCACCCCCAGAAACACGUCCAUUAGAGAGGGUGCGGUCAUUCCACUUAACUAGGGAUGGUUUAAAGAACCGUGGGGACUUAAUUCGAAGACAGAGUACUAUCAGUAUAAACUCUUGUGAGAAAUGUGACGGCAGUGUCGAAGCCUCAGUGAGCGCUGACAAUGAAACGCCACGUGUUGUCCAAGUUGUCAGGGUGGCAUUGGUUGGACGCGAUGAAGUAGGAAUACAUACAUUGAAAAGCCAGUUCUCAACGUCGGAGGAAAUAUACUUAAACCACCAAAGAGAAGAAGCUGAAUCGCCGGAGGAUAUUUUCCUUCUACUAAAUAAAGAUGAAUUUUGUGUGCAGUUUGUUGAAGAAACUGAGUUUAUGGAAAGUCAGAAAACAUCUCUAGUGGAUGCAGUUGUGGCAGUAUUUUCUGUCGUUGAUGCUUCUUCAUUUUUAUAUGCAACCAAGAAAAUCGAAAUCAUUCGAGACAAGAUGAAAUACAACUCUCCCAUUUUUCUGGUAGGAAACAAAUGCGAUUUAGCUAGAAACAGAACAGUUUCCGAACGAGAGGCCCAGAAGAUUGCAGACAAGUAUAGAUGUAAAUAUACAGAAACGUCUGUCGUCCUUAACCACAACAUCGAUGAACUCCUAGUUGGCAUCGUCCGCAAGGUCAUUCAAAGGCGGGAAGACAGGAAACAGACGACAUCGGAAGAAGCACAGACACCCAAGGCUACAAGCUUUACCAAACGCUUUUUUAACAAACUUAAAAAAAUUGGACUAUCCAAAGAAAAAAGUAACAAACCGUAUGAUUGAAAAACAUGUAUGAUGUGCAGUGCCCAUGGAUAGUGUGAAUGUGUUUGAACAGAAUGGCAUCGAAAAUGUUCUUGUUGAACAUACUUGUAAUUGUGACUUUUUUCAUGAAAUUUUUCAUU